UCUUUCUUGAUAUGGUAACAGAUGCACGUCAUUGAUAGCAUAAUUUCUCAACAAGGCUUCCCCAUCUACAAAUCUGGAUGUAAAUAUGGGCUGACGUCAGGAGUGUGACUAGCAGUGAGGAUCCAUUGACCUAAAUGUACAUCAUGUGACUGGAUAUUUGGUGCAUGUGCUUUUGCCAUUUGUGUUUUCAAAUCAUUAAACCAAGGGGACAGGUAGAACCAACCUGUACCAGUAAAGCAGAUUUCAGAAUCUACCAGACUAAAUCUCCGAGAUACAAUGACUGCCAUCCACUGCUGUUUUCCCAUGUUACACAUCAAUAAGAAGAACAAAGUGGCACCUUUGAAUGCAGGUCCUUCACUUGACAGAAUAAUUGAUGAUGACGCAUUUGAGGUGAAGUCGUUUGGUGCCAAGCAGCAGCCAUGGAAGGCUCCGGAGUUGUUCCGUGGAGCGGUCCUGCCGGCAGGGAGGAUGCUGGCUCACCAGGCCAACCUGCCCCGCCUGCCUGUCCCAGCACUGUCUCAGACUCUGGACAAGUACCUCAGGGCUGUCAGGCCACUGUUAGAGGAGGACGAGUUUCAGCACACAACAAAGUUAGUAGAGGAGUUCGGCAAACCAGGAGGUCUUGGAGAGAGUCUACAGGCCAAACUUCAGAUGAGGGCAUUGGAAAGACAGAGUUGGCUGGCUGACUGGUGGCUCCACACGGCGUACUUGGACUUCCGGAUGCCGGUUGUCAUGCACGUGAGCCCUGGUAUCGUGUGUCCACCUCAGGAGUUUAAUGGUCAGGAGGCACAGCUGAAAUUUGCUGCCAAAAUGGUUGCUGGUCUUCUGGAUUACAAAGUCCAAAUAGACAACCAAUCUGUGCCCAUUGACAAGCUUGGGAAGAACUUCCUGUGCAUGGACCAGUACUACAAACUCUUCUCCGCUUGUCGGAUCCCGGGGGAGCGGCGUGACCAGGUGGUGGUGUACGGACCAGGCAGCAACAUCAGGCCCAGGCACAUCGUGGUGGUGCACAACAACAAGUUCUUUGCCCUAGACGUGUAUGAUGAGAACUGGAAGCCCCUGAGUCAGGACCUGAUCCAUGCACAGCUACAGAAGGUCGUAUACUACUCCAGGUACCCCAGUGAACCUGUGGGCAUUCUCACCACAGAGAACAGGAACACAUGGGGGAAGGUCUACAAGCUGCUGAAGAAAGACAAAGCAAACAAAGCGACGCUGGAUGCCAUCAACAAGGGUAUCUUCAUGCUGUGUCUGGAUCAGGAGGUGUCCAGGGGAGAGGACAGGAAGGCCAGUAUGGCUCACCAGCUCAUGCACGGGGGAGGGAGCAAACUCAACAGUGGGAACAGGUGGUUCGACAAAACACUGCAGUUUACUGUGGGGACAGACGGAGCCAUCGGCCUGACAUAUGAACAUUCCCCUGCUGAAGGUCCUCCCAUCAUCUCCCUGUUAGAUCACAUGGUGGACUACUGCUCUCAAGCUCCAGAAAUAAAGGAGACAACAGUGGAACCUAAGGAGCCUGAAAGACUACCCUUCACUACAAAUGAAAAUAUUCUAGAGGCCAUUGACAAUGCAAAGAGGAACCUUGAUGUCCAAGUGAAGGACUUGGACAUGAAGCCAGUGACCUUCUUUGAAUAUGGAAAGGGCUUCCCUAAGUCACAGAAAAUGAGUCCAGACAGCUACAUCCAAAUUGCCCUGCAGUUAGCCUACUUCAAACUGUACAAGGUUCCCUGUGCGACAUACGAGAGUGGGUCGACACGUAUGUUCCACCUGGGCAGAACGGACACCAUACGGUCAGCGUCUGUGGAGUCACUGGAGUUCUGCAAAGCUAUGGAAGACAGCAGAGUUCCUCCUGGAGAGAAGGUUGCCCUUCUUAAGAAAGCUAUCGAUGGACAUAAGAAAUAUGCCCAGGAGACUGUGAGUGGACAAGGGAUUGACAGGCACCUGCUGGGGCUGAAACUGACGGCAAUCGAGGCAGGCCUGAAUGUGCCUGACCUGUUCAUGGACAGUGCUUAUGAACAGGCCUUACACUUCAAACUUUCCACCAGCCAGGUUCCUUCCAAGCACGACUCGUUCCUGUGCUUCGGACCAGUGGUCCCUGAUGGUUACGGGUUCUGUUACAACCCGAGGGAGGACCACCUCAACUUCUGCAUCUCUGCCUUCUACAGCAGUCCUGAGACUGAUGCUAAUAAACUAGCGGACUCCCUCCACCAGAGUCUGCUGGACAUGCGGGAACUUCUCAGCACUCAGGCCAAACUGUAGCAGGGCUAACUGUGCAGUCACAUUUGUUAUAGGCUGUCGCACAAUGUCAUAGAAUUUUCAAACUGGCUGUGACAGAAUUGACCUCUGACAAGGAUCUUCGAUGUAAGACUGUCACAGCCAUUUCUGUAACAAGAUAGCUAAAGUUUUCACAACAUAUGCAUGCCUAUCCCAAGAAUGCCCUCAGUUUGUGACUGUAUGGCAUUCGUACAACAAAUGUGACUGGGCCCUAAGGUAAUGGGUAUGUCUCUAGGUUUCUCACCAGCAGUUUGAAUGGGUUGAUGUAAUUUGUUCCAUGUUUGUAAAUAAGCUGUCUUCUCCAACCUAUCCACACCAUCAUAAUAGCAAAAGUUGCUGUGCCUUUUUCUGACUGAAUCAUUACAAUGGCAAAUUCUUCUUCCAACUCAACUAAUCCACCAACUCGUAGACUGAAAUAAGCUGUUUAGCAAACAGAGUGUUGCAUUGUAUAGGAUAGUUAUCACUGGGACAAGUCUUGUGUACAAUGUACGUUAUCAUUUAAGUAGUAUAUUUCAGUUGCUGUUUUUGAAAUUAUUUAAAACAUGUCUAUAACAUGUACAAGUUUAGUUGUUAGAGUGGUUUUGCAGUUCAUGAUCAGUGUGCUGUUUUACAAAGUUUGGGACUCUUAGCUUUAAAGAUGGAUGGAAUAUUGCCAAAUUUUAUGUAACCUGUGCAUUGAUAUUUGAAUCUUAAAUACUACCACAAAUACACAUGUUCCCCUGGUCAACAAAAAGAAAAUGACAAGCUGAAUGCAUCCUUUGACCAGAAUAUAUCAAUCAAGUAACUUGAGGAGUGUCUGUCGUAUAGAAUUAGUUGUGAAAAAGUAAGCACAUGUUUUAAUCAAAUGGACAUGUUACAGUCAACUAAUUUUGCUAUUUGUACAGAAUUUUUUAGGCUGUAGAUAGGAUUUGUGUUACAAACUUAGUCUACUAAACAAAGUCUAUGCCAGUGUUUAUGUGCAAUGAUAAAUAAUAUGCCCAGUACAUACAAUAGAGUUGGCAUCAAUCAUGACAGACUACUCAAUGUCAUGUACUGUUCUUUCUUCCAAAGACAUGUACAUGUGUGCUGCAUUGCAUUCUUCAGAAAAUAUUUUCAUCACUUUUUGUAAAUUUUGGUGACAUAUCAGAUGUAAGCUUAUAUUUCAUAACUUGUUUUAACUAAACAUGAUGAGUGUGUUUCACAAUCUCUACAUGCCAGCUGAGUAGGCUGUUCUGUUGAGAUUUUUUACAGUACUCUGGAGUACAGAAGAGAGAAAAGUGUACAGAGGAAUUCAACAAAAUGUGUAUGGCCUGUAUGAUUAUGCAGUGAAUCAAUUAAUUUAUCAGAAAUAAUAAAAUGCUAUCAACAC